AUGCCAGCAGUUGAGUCAGAGUCUGCAGAAGUGCCUUCGACAUCGGCAGUUGUUGACGCUGUUUUAGUGGUUUCCUCCUCUGCAGUGUUUUUUGACGCGCAAAUCCUCAUUUUACCUUCAAUGAAGGUAAGGGAAGUAAGGAGUCAGUACUGCGCUCCAGAGAGGAUUGGCUCUCUUCAUAGAUAUCUUCUACCCACUGCUUCAAGUCUGUGUCAAGAUCACUUGGAUGCUCAAGAUCAGGAUGAGGACUACUUUCUUCAUGUGGCAUCUCAAUGGUCUCUUCUGAUAUUUGGGCCUUUAGAUAAGCUUGAUGCAGUGUGCCACAUCCACUCGGAUGUAACAAUGAGGGAGUUUCGCUGCCGGGUUGCCAAUCAUGACAUUGAAACAUUCAUUGAGGGUCGCCAAUUUGGGCAAAUGGCUGGGCUCAGGGUACAGUUGACGCUCUCCGGCAUGAACUCUACCCAUUUCUCAAAUGGCACCAACAGCUGA